CAUGCCGCGCCAUGUACGCGAAGAAACUCUCAACGCGCACGAGGUCAGUGCACAUCCAGCCCCCGAGCACACCAUGUGCUUCCUUCUUCUCAUUUAUCUUCUCUUAUCGGGCAACGUCGCGGAUGUUUUCACGGAGGAGGCCGACUGUCAGGUCUACAACCACCUGUACGUCUGUCUGGAGAACGGCGGCGUGCUACACGGCGUCGCGUUCGAGGAUGUCGACGCCGUGCAGACGAUCGAGGACAUCGAGCUACACCUGGAGAACCUCGGGAUCGCUGACAUCGCCAGGAACGCCUUCGCCGAGGUCAGCAACUCGUCCGCUCUCUACGUCCGUGAUAAUCGGCUGUCGAGCAUCAACCGCGAUUACUUCGCCAUUCUUGAUCAACUCACUUUCUUGGACCUGAGGAACAACACGAUCGUCAGUAUAGAGCAAGGCGCGUUUGCGAGGCUGAACGAUCUGGAGACGCUACUGCUGGAUCACAACGACAUCUCGACUUUCCGUCCCGGCGUGUGGAAGGGUCUCUCCGAGUUGCAUGAACUGUACGUCACCCACAAUCGACUCACGUUGAGGAAAAACAUGUUCAAGGGACUCAGGCAGCUGGAGACGCUGGUUCUGGACUCGAACGACAUACCGGAGAUACCGAUCGGCGCGUUCAACGGACUGUCGCACAUAGACCUUCUCUAUCUGUCGCGUAACAAGCUCUCGCAUCUGCAUGCCGACGUGUUCCGCGGCCUCAGUGAGAUAAACGAGCUCGACUUGGGCGGAAAUCAACUGACGGCGAUUCCCGCCGGUAUUUUUCGGCACAUGAAGUCGCUGAAUUCGCUCUGGCUGAACGGCAAUCGGUUAACGACGCUGAAGCCCGACGUCUUUCAGGGUCUGGACAAUUUACUAUUUCUGUUUCUCAACAACAACGAUUUCCGUUACGUGAACAUGGCAGCGUUCGCGAGUAUGAGAAACGUGACUGUCGAUCCUGGCUUCAAGAUACGCGGCUCGUUAGUGCACGACUUCGGCAAAAUACACGGUCAAUAUCAAUGCAGUAGUGUUGCGUAUCAGAUACCAUAUGAGUGUACGGAGAUUGAUUCAUAGACUUGAGAAAAGAGUUUGUGGAGAAUCUGACUAUAUUGUAAAAAAAUGCAGUAAAUUUGGACGAAUAAUAAAUGUAAUAUUAUCUUAAAUAAUUUAUUAUUGACAGCUGCAACUAACAUUAAGUUUCCAUUAUAAUAGAUUGUAAUAAAAACUUUUAUUACCUAAUUUUUAAUUAAAUUUUGUUUAGCUAACUGCUAAAAACUUACGGCAAAUUGAGUUUUUUGGGGAAAAAAGUUCUAAAAAAAAAUCGAAAGGAAUUAGUUGUAAAAAAUAGAUGAUAUUCAGUUGCAUAUAAAUUGUC